AUGCGGAACUACACUUCUGUGACAGAGUUCACCUUAUUGGGAAUUCCCAAUACUGAAAGGUUGGAGAACAUGCUUUUUGUCUUAUUUUUGGCCUUUUAUCUCUUCACCUUGCUGGGAAAUCUGCUCAUCUUCCUCACUAUUCUGGUCUCCUCCACCCUGCACACCCCCAUGUAUUUCUUCCUGGGAAACCUGUCUGUGUUUGACAUAUUUUUCCCUUCCGUGAGUUCCCCCAAAAUGAUGCUCUACCUCAUGGGGCAAAGCCGGACCAUCUCUUACCAGGGCUGUGCCUGCCAACUCUUCUACCACUUCCUGGGGGGCACUGAGUGUUUCCUGUACACCGUGAUGGCCUAUGACUGUUUCAUGGCUAUUUGUCACCCUUUGUGAUACACCAUCAUCAUGAAUCCUAGGGUGUGCACUGGCUUGACGUUGGGCACUUGGCUGGGUGGCUGCCUACAUGGAAGUAUCCUCACAUUUCUGGUCUUCAAGUUACCCUACUGUGGCCCCAGUGAGGUGGACAAUUUCUUCUGUGAUAUCCCGGUGGUGCUGCCCCUGGCCUGUGCAGACACCUCUCUAGCUCAGAUGGUGAGUUUUACUAAUGUGGAUGUUGUGACUCUUACAUGUUUUUUCCUUAUCCUUACUUCCUACGGUCACAUCGUCCUUUCCAUAUUGAAAAUCAGCACCUCUGAAGGCAGGCACCGAGCUUUUUCAACCUGCAGUGCCCACCUGAUUUCAAUCUUCUUGUUCUAUGGGCUGGUGAUGCUCAUCUAUCUCAGGCCUGCAUCCAGCCCCUGGCUAGAUUCUGUUAUUCAGGUGUUGAAUAAUAUUGUCACUCCUUCUCUCAACCCUUUGAUUUACACCUUAAGAAAAAAGGAUGUGAAAUUGGCUUUGAGAAAAGUAUUCACUCAAAUGGUCCACAUUUCGGGGGCAUAA